AUGGCAUCUCUUUUUCUUGCUCAUCCCUGGGCGCUUGCGGUGUUUGAACUUGAGGCGAGUUCGGGAUCGGAUCACACUGCCCGAAUGGCUCCAGGCAAAGGGUGGUUCAAUCUCGAAGCCGGAAACGGCGUCGUUCCAGACACAUCAUUCUUCGAAGGCGACUCCGCGUUCAAGGCAUUCAACCUCUCGAGGACAACACGGUUGUAUGGUUUCGCGGGCUGCUUGAUCGCGGGUUUCGUGCUCAGUCUUCUGGGUACCAUCCUGUUGACGUUCGGCCAGCUGCUAAUGUUUGCUCUGCUAUACGGACUCGGAACCGUCAUUUCACUUAUCGGCACAGGAUUCCUCAUUGGAUUCUUCAAACAACUCAAACUUAUGUUCAAACCUGUUCGUGUGGUGGCGUCAGUCGUCUUCCUAGCAUCCAUAGGUCUCGUCUUUGUAGGAGCAUUCGUGCUGCGGAACGGGAUUCUUUGCCUCAUCUUUGUGUUCAUCGAGUUCCUGGCUUACACCUGGUACACACUGUCCUACAUUCCCUAUGCACGGGCAGCCGUUUCAAAAGCCGUCGGGCUAGGCUAA